GGCACAAAACCACGUCAUUACAAAACAAAAGCAUUGAGUUUGACGUGUUGCUUCACGAUUCAAUUUCAUCGCGAUUCCGAAACGCUCGAACGCUGCAGUUCGAUUAGCAGCAUCCCAAACCAAUGGCAGCAAUUGCACGCACAUCAAACCAAGUUUAUCGUUUACCAGUAUUUUUACUAGCAACUGCACUGUUUUCGCUGUUUUUUAAUGCGGAUUUUUGUGCGUGCGCAUCCAAAGGCAUCAUUGCAGAAUUAACGGAUGAGUACUUCGAGCAAGGGCUGUUGGACUACAACAAUGCGGUCGUGUUGUUCUACUCACAGAAAUGUGUACACUGCAGUGAUUUUAUGCCAAUCUUCGAGUUAGCAGCGGAUGAAUUAAUACGCAACGAACCGCCUGUUCAUUCCGCUAUGGUGGAUUGCAUGGAUGCGGGAAAACAAGUAUGCAAUACUGAAGAAAUCAAUCAUUUACCAAGUAUUAAAAUAUAUCGCAAAGGAAGACUUUACGAUGAGUACGAUGGGCCAAGAAAAGUCGAUGAUUUGGUUGCCUAUAUGAAGAAAUUAGUUGGAAUAUCUUCAAAGGAGUUACCUUUAGAUAACCUACAGAAGUUUGCAACAUCUCAGAAGGACGUGGCAGUAGUGGCAAUACUUCGAUCAAAAGGAAACUUGCGAGAUAACUAUUUUAGUUUACCAGCUGAAUUAUCAAAAGACAUUCGUUUUGGACACGUUACAGUGGAGGAAAGCAAGAUGGCUGACUUGAACAUAACCUAUGGUGUAACUCUGUAUCAUCCGGAGCACAUGCGGAGUAAAUUUGAACCAUGGGAAUAUUCAUACAAUAUAAAAAACGAAGGUUAUGAUCUCGAAAAAUUUAUUUUCAAAAAUCGUUAUGGACUUGUUGGAAUACGUGGAAUUCGACAGGUGGACGACUUUGCACCGCCAUUGGUUAUUAUUUACUUUCGAAUUGAUAUACAUUUAAAACCAAAAAUGUUAUCAUACUGGCGUAAUCGAAUUUUAAAAGUGGCUAAAAACUACCAGCAAUCGUUUAGAUUUGCUGUCUCGCCAAUUGAUGAUUUCCAACAUGAGUUUGUUAAAUUUGGAAUUCCCAUGCCAGAUGAAAAUAAUCGAGAUAAACCUUUAGUUUUUGCAAUCCUAGAAAACAACAUAAAAUAUUUAAUGGAAGAAGAAUUCACAAUGGAAACAUUUGAGGCAUUUUUAGAAGGAGUACUAAACAAAAAUAUUGAAGCGCAUUUAAAAUCACAACCUGUUCCUGAAGAAACAGCAGAAAAAGGAAUGGUCCAAACAGUUGUAGCCAAAAAUUUCAAAAGUCAGGUGUGGGGCAACGAAAAAAAUGUCCUUUUGGCAUUUUAUGCACCGUGGUGUAUGUUUUGCAAGGAACUGAAUCCUAUUUUAGACAAAUUAGCAGAAAAUUUGAUUGAAGACAACGUUGACAUAUUUAAAAUGGACGGAGUAGAAAACGAGAUUCCGUCUGAUUUUACAAUUCCACGGUUUCCAACUCUAUAUUACAUCUCCAAAGAGGAUAAACACAAUCCAAUAUUGUAUAAAGGUGGUGCAAAUUAUCAAGAACUCUUUUCGUUUGUAAAGCAACACUCAAGUGAAAAACUGAAUUAUCGUACUGAAUUGUAAACUGAACUUUUUACAAUUUUAUCUAAAAACAUCAAAGAAAAAAAGCUAUGCAACGUAA